UCGAUACCAGACGAGCUACAGCUCCAGAUCCUGGAAUUAUGCGACAUGACCACUCUAGCCGCCAUAUGUCGGACCAACAAGGAAUGGUACGCUAAAGCCUCCCCGAUCAUAUGGAGCGACAUUGAUUUCGUCGAGUUGAGUGGAGAUGGCGCUUACGACGACGGCCUGAUCGACCAGCAACGGCAAUUCUUUGCUACAUGCAGCACCAGGAUGGACGAACGACCAGAUUUCUGGGCGGCGCUGGCUGCUCGCGUUCAAUCACUGAAACUUACGCGUAUGCCAGGAAUUGCUAUCUCUUACAAGAGCAAAGCCGAGUUGAACGAUUCCAAUGACUACAUUUUCAUUGAAAUCUGGCCCCGGGACAGACGCAAUAUCUACGACGUUAUUGCCGAGUUCAAAAACCUGCACACCCUCUACUUGUUCGUGAAAGACUGGUGGGAAUUCUCGUCGAUCGGAGAGAGCGAGAAGGCCGUGGCCCACAAUCUCGAAAAGUUGACCAACUUAAAGGUUGGAGGUCAAAUCAAUCAAGAUAUGAUGCUGGCACUGCUGUCAAGACCGGAAAAUAUCCAGCACCUCUCUUUGAUCAACUUGAUCCAUUCGCCAGGUCAGGACAACGGCCCAAAUCCGGUGCUGUUCCUCCGUUCGAUUCAGAAGCGAUUCACAAACCUGAAAACUCUCCAUAUGAGCAAGUUGGCGGAAUUGACCGAAGACACUAACAUCACGGGAGCCCGAUGGGAGUUCGACCCUGCCGCAGAGAUUGACUUGCUCGAAGAGUGGGCUGACUUCCUACGCCAUGUCUCUGCUACGCUC